GUUAAAAUAACGAAUCGGUUCGAUUGUUCGCAGAUCUUCGGUAGCAAGGCGGACCUGCAGCUCCACACGCAGAUCCACAUGCGCGAGGCGAAGCCGUACAAAUGCACCCAGUGCUCGAAGGCGUUCGCGAACUCCUCGUACCUGUCCCAGCACACCAGGAUCCACCUGGGCAUCAAGCCGUACCGCUGCGAGAUUUGCCAGCGGAAGUUCACCCAACUGAGCCACCUACAGCAGCACAUCCGCACGCACACCGGUGACAAACCGUACAAGUGCCGGCAUCCAGGCUGCACCAAGGCGUUCAGCCAGCUGAGCAACUUGCAGAGCCACUCCCGCUGUCACCAGACCGACAAGCCGUACAAGUGUAACUCUUGCUACAAGUGCUUCUCCGACGAGCCCAGCUUGCUCGAGCACAUACCGAAGCACAAGGAAUCGAAGCACCUUAAGACGCACAUCUGCCAGUACUGCGGCAAGAGUUACACCCAGGAGACGUAUCUGGCCAAGCACAUGCAACACGCGGAGAGGACGGACAAGAGACCUCCCAUCAUCGCGGGGCUCAGGCCGUCGAUCCACGCGAUGGCGGCCCAUCAUCAGGACCACUACUGGCCGAAAGUGAGCCCGGACUCGGUGAUCAGCGAUCUUCACGACCGGUUGCCCCAUCACCACACCGACUACCAUCAGAACCAGAAUCCGGAGAUGCUGUUGCCCGGCCACGGCCACCGUGGCGAGUCGAUCGAGAACGAUUCGAGGCAACAGACGCCCCAGCCGGGCGCCAAUCAUCACCCGAACAGCAGCUCGGCGUUCACGCCGAUCUCCUCCAUCUCGAUAAACUCGAUCUCCUCCAUGCAACACCCGUUGAACCCCCUCAACCACCUUCACUACCCGGCCAGCCAUCAUCCAGCCUCGAGGCCCUACCUCUACGAGGCGUUCAACUCGACGCAGAAAUCCUCCCCAGCGUCCUCGUCGUCCGGGGUCACGUCCGGCACGACCACCAAUCAGAACGCGACCUCGUUCCCCAAUCAGUUGAUCAGCCUCCACCAGAUCAGGAACUACGCGCAUCAACCUAACCUCGGCAACCUAGGCAAUUUAGGGAACCUGGGCAAUCUGAGCAAUCUGAGCAAUCUGAGCGCGACGAUGGAGAGCCACGCUCUCCUAGGCGGACUCAAGGAGAAGCAGUAACUCCGGCUGGUCUUGGAGAUUAGGAACAAAAAGAAAAGAGAAGAAGAGAGAAGAAAAGAAAAAAAAGAAAAAAAUCUAUAUAUCGCUAUUUCUCCUCGAUUUCUUUUUUUCUUUUUAUCGUACACAGCGUACGAUAAACUUGUGGUGUUCCAUGUUUCCCGCGUCCUGUCGUUCCACCCCCCCCCUCCCCCCCAACGAAGUUUUUCAAGAGAAAAACCCCGCGCCAAAUCCAAGAGGGGGCUCAGAACUCGAACGACGCGUCACACAAUUUUUUCUUUCUCUCAUCCGCCGAUAGACGCGUCGAUCGAAUUCGCCGCUCCUAAAUUCGCCCGCGUCUCUCUUCCCUCCACUUUUGUGUGAAAAGAAAAAAUUUCCGUAGAAAAUUCUGUGACCA